AUGCCGGAUCCCAAGUCGGUCAUCCCCGACGACCAUUCGGCUCCCGACCUGGAGAUUGUCGGCGACAAGGUUACGAUUCACCCCUCCGGUUUUACAGGUGGCCCCGACCUGCAAGAUGACCAGAUUACCGAACGCAACCUGGUGCGCCAUAUGGCGCGCUUUCGUGCAAACCCCCUUGACUUCCUGCGCGAAGUGAGCCUGUAUAUGUCCGGCUCCGGCUGGCGUGCGUACGACGAUAUUAUUGGACAACCUGUGUUCUAUCCGGGGUUCUCCGACAGAAUGAAGUCUUUAAUUCUCGAUAGCCCGCUGCUGAAGAACAAGGUCACCGAGUUGGCAAGCACUCGCCUCGCAGUGGAGGAGAAGGAAGGGUUAUUAGCCAUCCACGAGGGCAAUACGCCCGAGGAGAAGCGCACUCGCCGCAAGAAUGAAAUUGAAGACAACCUCAAGCAGGUAGUGGACCGAAUGAUGGACAAUAUGAUCUGCAAGAUGGAAAGCAAGAGGUUCAUUCGGGGCGCAUACUACAUGUGCACUCAGCUCUUGACCCGUGCCUACCACCAAGGGAUCCAUGUCUCCAGCGAGGAAGUUCUACGUCUGAGAUCGGUCGCCGAAGCGGCUGCGCAGAAGAAACAAUCGAUUGUCUUCUUGCCCUGUCAUAAGUCUCAUGUCGACUACGUCUCUCUCCAGCUCGUCUGCUAUCGGCUAGGCAUUGGUUUGCCUGUGGUCGUGGCUGGUGAUAAUUUGAAUAUCCCGCUGUUAGGACCAUUCCUGCAGCAUGCAGGUGCUAUGUGGAUCCGCCGAAGCUUUGGGAACGAUCCUCUUUACAACACGGUUGUGCAAGCUUAUAUCGACACGCUUCUGCAGCAAGGGUUCAACUUUGAAUGCUUCAUUGAAGGUGGCCGCUCCCGAACCGGCAAGCUUCUUUCCCCGAAAUUCGGAAUCCUCAGUUUCAUUCUAGACAGUUUGUUAUCGGGCCGAGUUGAGGAUACGAUUAUCUGUCCUGUGAGCACUCAAUAUGAUAAGGUCAUUGAGACUGAGUAUGCCGCCCUUGUUGGUCAACCUGUUGAACUGGAUACUGACGAACAUUGCAGAUCGUACAUCAGUGAACUCCUUGGACAGCCGAAGCAAAAGGAAAGUUUGUCCGAUCUCCUCUCGUCAUCCUCGGUCCUAUCAUUGAAGUUGGGCCGCGUUGAUGUCCGUUUCCACGAGCCAUGGAGUCUAAGAGAGUUCCUCACACAACAACUUACCCGGCUGGACAUCCCAAGCACGAAAGUCACCCAGAAACUGUCUUAUACUGACCGAGGUCGAAUCUUGAGAACCCUGGGAUAUCGAGUGCUGUCAGAGAUUAACGAUGUGUCCGUGAUGAUGCCAACGGCUCUUGUAGGAACGGUUCUUCUGACGUUGCGCGGACGUGGAGUUGGUAAGGGCGAGUUGGUCCGACGGUUGGACUGGCUCUGUGAUCGUGUGCGCGCCAAAGGUGGCAGAGUGGCCCACUUUUACCGCUCGCCAACGGAGAUGGUGGUUGACCGCGCAUUGGACGUGAUGGGGCCGAAACUUGUAGGCGAGGUCGCUGGCCUGGUUGAACCCACCUACUAUGCGGUCGACCGUUUCCAACUUUCCUUCUAUCGCAAUAUGCUGAUCCACCUCUUUAUCACCGAGGCGUUGGUCUCUGCUGCCAUGUACACAAAGAUUAAGCAGGGUGGCGGGCCAGCUAACCAACGAAUCACGUACGAAGCCCUGAGAAACCAGGUUUCUUUCCUUUCGCAGCUUUUCCGUGGCGAGUUCAUCUUCCCGCCGGAUGGUUUGGCCACCAAUUUCGAGAAUACCCUGCGCGUUCUUGAAAAGGAUGAUGUGAUCAAGAUCACCCGGGACAACUCUGGAACGCCAAUUUACGUCGAGUUAAGCGAUAAGGAACGAUCCUGUGGACGCGAGAACUAUGAUUUCUACUGUUUCUUGAUCUGGCCCUUUAUAGAGGCUUCCUGGCUCGGUGCAGUCUCUCUCCUCGGACUCACGCCGCCGGUUGACGGACCAAAUGACGUAUGGAUCGACAUGAAGAAGGCCCAAGACAGUGCGCAGCAUUUGGGCAAAACCCUCUACCACCAAGGAGACCUGUCAUACUUCGAAGCAGUCAAUAAGGAGACGCUCAAGAACUCCUACCAACGCUUUGAAGAGGAAGGCAUUAUUCUUGUCUCCAGGAACAAAGAAUCGCGCGCAGGGCCUUCUUUGAGUCUUGCUCCCGAAUGGACACCGGAGCGAGACCCUAACACUGGCAAAGUGCUAGAUCGCGGGCGUCUGUGGGACUUUACGGAGCUGAUCGCGCAGUCCCGUCGUGAGGGCAAAAACCGUCGAGAUGGAGCGACGGUCUCCUCCCGUGUCCUGACCAUGUCCGACCUCGUCGGGCGACAGCUCUUCACCGGCACCGCUCCUCCUGCUCCUGGCGAUGUAUCCUCACGACAGAUGCGCCGCAAGGCGAUUGCGACUGAUUCCAAGCUAUAA